GAGUUGUAACGUAGCUUAGAGAGCACCAAUUUUGGCUUUCUUUUCUCUUUCUCCUUGCCAUUUUCCCCUCUCUUGGUGUGUUCAAAUUUAUACACCCCCUAAACUUUUUCUACACCUUAUCAAAAUGGAUGUGUGCCAAAAUGUACAAGUUUCUAGUGAGUGCAAACAAGAGAAGGUUCUUAACCCUUCUUGCUCUAACCUUUCAAGUAGCCUUGAUGACCUCUUUUCUGCUCAAAACAUGGAAGUGGAUGUUGGAAUGGAGUGGCUUUCAGUGUUUGUUGAAGAUUGUUUCUCAAGCCCACAAAGUUGUGUACUUUUACCCUCAAGUGUUCAAAACACAACAAGUACUGUCUCAUCAAAACCUUCAAACACAGUGAAGAAACCAAAGCAAGAACAAAAUGAGUCACCAUUUGCAGUUCCAGGCAAAGCAAGAAGCAAAAGGAAGAGACUUUCAGCUCCAAGAAGACCAAAAGACCCUUUAAGCAUCUUAUCCAAUACCUUAAACCCUCAAAAUGAGUCACUAUGUUCUGACCCACCUCUCUUAAAACAAGCUUAUUGGUUAGCUGAUAGUGAACUCAUGGUACCUAAGGGUGAAAAAGAGGUAACAAAAGAUUGUGAAGUGGUUGAAAAGGAAAGGUUUGAUUUUGAAGGGUUUGUUAACAAUGGUCAAAAUCCAAUUCCAACAAGGAGGUGUACACAUUGUUUGUCACAAAGGACCCCACAAUGGAGGGCAGGCCCAUUAGGCCCAAAGACACUAUGCAAUGCAUGUGGUGUGAGGUACAAAUCUGGUAGGUUGUUGCCAGAGUAUAGACCUGCUAAGAGUCCAACUUUUGUGAGCUUUUUGCAUUCAAAUUCACACAAGAAAGUUAUGGAGAUGAGGAUGAAUGUUGUAUCUUCCAUUAAUCCUCCUAGUGAGUAGUGUUAGUGGUUUAGUAUUAUUAUACAUUUUUAUGUAAAUCAAAGUUUAAAUUUUAGGUUAAAUUAACUAUUUGGAAACAUGAGAUAGUAUUUAGGUGAUCAGUUAUUAGUGCUAUCAUUAUUGGAACAUUAGUUAAUUUAUUAUUGAUUAAUAUCCUGUUUCAUUUUGUCUC